CAGACAAACAAGAGAAGCCCGUGUUUUGAAAUCGGAUGAGAAAAUAGACAAAAAAGUUGACUCCUUUUUAUGAAGAACUCUCCGGCUCAGAUACUGCUUCUUGCUCCAUAACGAUAACGAGCACAAUACCAGAACUAUGACCUAUCCCCCUCUUUGACGACCACUUUUACGACAUACGAUACCUUACGACCAGGAGAACCACACCUAUUCACACAUACAACCACCAAACACAACUUGGCCCCCCUACCAUUCGGAACGAUGAAAAACUCAGCAGAUACUACGGAUGAGCAAAAACGAGUAUCUGCGCAUUUGGCAGACAUUUUCGAGAGAAUAGCCCCUUUAAAACUUGAUCCAUCUUCCAUACUCCUAUACGACCCUUCAACGAUCAAACGAAGACAAGGUAAUACAGCAGCUACGGCAAAUGACAAUACGGCACUUUUGGCAAACGUACAAUCAUUUCCAAAACUAUUAGCUGCAGGCUCAGAUGAUCAUUAUGAAAACCAUCAUUCGUAUGAAAUCGUUCAAGCAUUAUCAUCACAUUCAACAAAGAUGCAUUCAUUAGAUGAAGAAUGGAAUCACCUUAAUGCAGAAGAUCAAACGUUUCAUGGUAAAAAUUCUGAACAAUUAGCAAAAGCUUUUCAAAGUUACGGUACCGAACAUCAGGGGCAAGGUUUACCAGACUCAUACAUAAAAGCAGUUGAAGGAAAUUCUCUUCAAAACGGCGCCGUCAAUUCUGGUUCAAAUAAAACCUCCAUCACUUCUUUUGCAUCCAAUAUCGCUCCUAUGAGCGCAACCAUACCUAUCACAAUGUCUGCUUUGGACCCAAGUACAUUUUCAUGGGCAGCCUUGCUCAAAAGUAUGAAUUGGGCUCGUAUCCUUUACACCAUCGUUUGGAUCACGACCGGUUUAACACUUCUCUUUUUCGGUUAUGCAUCAUUUUUCUGGCUUCACAAAGUUGGUCUUUCAAGAGGAAAUCAUUCUACCGCACGACCAAAAGGCAUUGGUGGAAAAUUAUCAAGAAUUUUUUCACUCAACAAUGAACCACAAAGAAGUACAAUCGACUCAUCUGCUUCUGCCGCUGCCAAGAGAAGGAAAGCACAAAAGAAGCGUGCUUUGGUAGGCGGAGGAAUUGGUGGAAUUUUGGUAGGAUUUUUAUUCUUUUCUUAUCUGGCUGCAGUGAUCAAUAAUGCAAUUUGCGUUGAUGAUGGUAAAAAAUCACUUUCUGCAGGUGCUUAUUUUGCUGUUUGGCUUGCACCUGGUCUGCUCGGUGCUAUGUUGGCAGGACAUUUCGCCUUCCUUGCACGAGCAAUGACGGGUGUUUUAGGAGGAACAACGUUCACAAUCGUUCUCACGGCCGUCUUUGGAAUCAAAACAAUGCUCAUCCGUAUGAUCUUAUUGGCCAUAUUCACACUUUCAUUCACCAUUCCGCUCAUUCAACCUAAAGCAAAAGUUAUUCAAAUGAUGAUCUUAAACGCUUGUACAUCUUUGAUCGGAAUGGUAACUUUCUUGAACGGGGUUGCAUUGGUAGCACCUUCUGUUGAAGCUUCUUCGAAUUGGUUGGAUUUAUGGACAGUAUUGUGCAUGCAUAAAGAUGAAAACGCUCAAUCUGUUUUGGAAAAUGCAUGGCAUACAAGCACGUUCAAAGGAUACAUUGCCGGAGCAAUUUUGGGUAGCGUUGUUGGAUUCCUAUUUGAAUUGUUCUUCCAUCGUCAUUGCGGUCAUGAUCCUGAAUCGGAAUGGAAUCAAUAUCUGGGCACAUAUACACAACAUAUGGAAUCGGGUAGGAUGCCUGGCGAAUCAAGUGCGACAUUGUAUGAUGAUCCAAAGUACAACAACAGUAAAGCUCAAAUCGGCGCCGUUUCUCCCCGUGCGGGAAUGUUUGAACCCGCUCCGAAUGCUUGGCAAAGGAUGGCAGACUUCUUUGAUAGCGACCGUUCAAAGCCUGCUCAUUAUGGUGGCUUGAGUGGCGAUGGCACAUUGCAUGAAAGCCUUACUGGAGGUGCAAUCACUUCUGUAGGAGAACGUAUCAGACGAAAACGAUCCGCAAAAACAACAAGAAGCGGUGGACCGGCAAGAUUUGAACGUUUAAGCAAACGGGAUGAAAACGAAGAUGACUUCAACAGCGAUACCAGUGAUGAUGACGAUGAGAAAGAGCGUUUGCACAAUGAUGAUGAAGAUGAUGAAAAGACAGAUGUGGAAGGAUCAGAUGAUGAAAGACGUGCGAACAAACAUGUUGCUUUCUCUGGUUUGGUUCCCACCCUUGACAAAGAUUCAAACUCCGCAACUGUGAAUUACGGUGGAUAUGCGUUACCAAGACCCCCAAUGUUGACUACUACGAGCACAAACAGUGGUACAAGUGUUACUUCCGGUCAAGUUGAUAGUCGACUUACAGGUACAACGGCUGCAAGUGGUUCAUCAUCAUCAACAAAAGGUUCAGAUGCAAAAGUUCAUAAGCCUGUUGGUGUUUAUCAUGACGGUAAUGCAAGUCCACCAUCAAAUCCAACCAUUCCAGCCACGCCUUCUCUGAUCAAUGCAAUCUCUCGAAUCCAAUUCGCUCAACAACAAGCUCGUGCAUGGCAACAACAGCAUGAAGCACAAGGUACGCCUUAUGCUGGGGCAACUUCUCCUCCAACUAGCCCACCUCCUCAUAAGCCUUCAAAGUAG